ACCAAAUAUUAAUUAUAUAAGCCGGCGUGCACGUCGACUAUUUACACCCAGAAAAGCAAAACAAUGGAAAAAGGCUGUUGGAAAGUGGACGACAACGACGAAGGUCCGGUUACGAGUACGUUUUACAAGCGUGACAAACAUCAUAAAUUUUCGCACGAAUUGUGGACCGAACUGUAUAAGUCCAAAAAUACGGGCUCCAAAGCGAUUUACAUCGAUAUCGAAGACGAAGAACAGAGGGAGGAAAAUAGAGUGUAUUCGAGAUGGUUUGAACUGCCGGAUUUACUCUUGGAAAAAAUAUUUUCAUAUUUGUCCAUACGGGAUAAGUAUUAUGCCAGUUUGGUGUGUAAGUCGUGGUACAGGGCGUUUUAUUUACCGUACGUUUGGUCGCAGUUCGUGCUGGAAGACACCACACUAACUAGAGGGAGAUUCAAUUACUACUCCGGCUGGCAGUACGUUUUGGACCACUUGCGUACCCAAUCAUGUCUGUCUCAAGUCGGCCGAAAUUUCCGCCAAUUAACGUUCGAGCCCAUGCUCAAUUUUUACAAUUUGUACGAAUUCAUGAACAUGAUUUCGUGGUGCACUGAGCAACAAGCCAUCAGCAACACCAACCCGGAGUUCGAAGCUGGCAGAAAUAUACACACCCUAAAGUUCACGUUUCCGUGUAAUAUGACAAACCGAGACGACACUGAAAGAAUCCGUCUGUUUGGAACCGGCGGAAAAUUGCUUGCCGCCCUCAAACGACUCAUGUCCAAUCUGAAAAAACUGAAACGUCUCGAACUAAUCGACUUAAUGCUGGACCCCAAAGAAGCCCAGUUUCUUUUAGACGAAGUGUGCGAAAAAUGCUGCACUACGUUGCAGACGCUUUCAGUAAUUAACACAACUCGAGUCCAGUACGAGUUGUUCCACGUCGGGGUUUUCUUAAACUUGCAGGUUUUAUACAUCAGUCCGCAGAACCUCAGCGACGACGUCAUCGAGCUUCUCAGUCACACCAACAUACAACAUAUACACAUUUUACAAAACAGAUACACCCCGAACGAUAUUAAUAUAAAACCGGUUGGGUACAAAACGUGGAAAAGUGCUAGGAAAAACAACCCGACGUUUCGAGUGCACUUGCAGAUUGAAACUUUGAAAGAAAAACCGCUUAUAUGGCAACAAGGGGCGCCAGUGAGUUCUAUCCUGUACGACUCGCCCCACAUCAAAGUCCGAGAAGACUCUGUGAUGACCGCUGUCGAAUUCUACAAAGACACGUUGAGGGUUUUCGGGCACAAGAACAUCCCCCGGUUUCACAGAAGCAAGUCGUUCGAUGAACGAGUCGACGGGUGUUUGAUGUACCUAGUGCGCCAGUGUUACUACUUAACCACGCUGGUGGUUACGGAGCGGAUUUCCACCGCUACUGCUCUCCUUCUGGCUUACACAGCCCGUAAUCUGAAAUAUUUGUUUAUACGGGGCAACGCGGUCAUAAUCCGGUGCGACUGGCCACAAAGCCCGGAAUGGAGCGACGAGUUUUACACUUGGCUUAAGAUUAAUAGUAGGUCGUACGAACUCGUGCAGAAGGAAAUCAGUCAGAUGAUGGGUCACAGAUGGGAGUUUUUGACCGAUAAGCAGUUCAAGCGCUUGCACUGCAAUCUGCGACAAUUGUGAAUGGCUAAAAUGGCACUAGGUGCUUGCUUCGAAAUCAUAUAACACGUUUAUAAGUGUCACGGGUUCGAUGAAAGCAAAAUGUACAAACCCGGAAAUCGUUGUCCAAAUAAACUCAAGUAUUUUUUUAAUUGUGUUGUGAAGCGACAUCUGGUGCGGAGUCGGUAACUACAUUUUUCAUUUGACACUAACACACGUUCGACAUUUCAUUUUUGUGACAACAGCGCCACCUAUCGGCGCAUCUUGUAUUUGCGAUUUUGCUUGUGCACGACUAAAAGGUCGAUUUAUAAGCUUGUCGCUGACGUUGCAAAUUUUGAUAGAGAUAAUGAGGUCCACCAAUUUUUCUAGGAAAGUAUCAAUUUUGCAAUUAGGCUCCGCCCCUCGCUCUGACAACGAAUGAAAAAUUGAGCUUGGGAUGGAUAUGGGUGGGGCUUAAUUUUUGGCUUUUUUUUUAAUAUACAUAGUAUUCUUUCAACAACACGAUACGUAAAAACAUGUUUUUAUUUUUUGUGGAGAAAUAAGGAUUUUGCAAUUAAGCUCCGCCCCUCAACUUACAAGGAAUAAAAAAAAUUACCAGAAUUGAGAUAGGACGGGUGGGUGGGGCUUAUAUUUUGCCUUUUUUUUAAUAUACAUAGCCAUCUUUUCACGAAUAUUAUUUUGGGUAAGUCGAUGUUAUUGUGGCAAUUUUCAUUUUAUUAUUAUUAAAUAUAGGCGGACGCAACACAAAUCAGUGGUCGUAUGUUGGUAUAAAAACGACGAUCUAAAAAUUAGACGGCGAAAAAUCGAAAAUUGAAAAAUCGCAAUAACAAAAAAGUGAAAAAUCUAAAAUUUAAAAAUUCGAAAAAUUGAAAAUUUAAAAAACGGACAAUCAAAAUAUCAACAAAUUUAAAUUUUCGAUUUUCA